AUGUCAUCGCUAUCAUCGACCAAUGAUCUGAGCGAAAGCGAUGUACAUAGUGAAACACCAGUCAGACGAAUGACUUACAAACAAUUUUGGUUUUCUAUACAUGGCAGCUAUUUGAUGAUGAUUUUUUUGGCGAGCCUCUUUAAUAUCGGCGCUGCUCCAAGUCUACAAACAUUCUCCCUCUAUCCAUACUCUAUCGACGUCUAUCACAAAACAAUCAUCGCCUGUCAAUUUUCUGGUCCACUUAUGCUACUUAUUGCGAUUUUCUUGAAACGUACUCCAACUAUUGUACUCUAUAUUCUAACUAUUAUUGUUUUUAAUAUUUAA